AUGAAGCCAAGUGCUGAAAUACAUGUUGUUCCUGUUUUAAGUGAUAACUUUUCCUACAUUAUAAUUGAUGAAAUAACAAGAAAAGCAGCAUGCGUAGAUCCAGCUGAACCAGAAAAAGUUUUGAGAAAGAUAGAAAAUUUAAAUGUUGAAUUGGAAUAUGUUUUGUGUACACAUCAUCAUAUAGAUCAUUCAGGAGGAAAUGUAUAUAUAAGAAACUUAAAAGAAAAUAUAAAAGUGGUUGGAUCUGCAUAUGAACCAACUCCAGGAGUAAAUCAGAAAAUUUAUGAUGAGCAAAUUAUACAUUUAGGAGAAUUAAUUAUUAAGGCUAUUCAUGCGCCAUGUCAUACAAAGGGGCAUAUAUUAUAUUAUGUUUAUAAAGUAGAUAAAAAUGAAAAAGAAGAUGUAAAUUAUAAACCUAUUUUAUUUACUGGGGAUACCCUAUUUAUAGCUGGUUGUGGCAGAUUUUUUGAAGGAAGUGCAAAAGAUAUGUUCAGAAAUAUAGAAAAAAUAAAAAGCUUGAGAAAAGAAACAUUAAUUUAUUGUGGUCAUGAGUAUACUUUCAAUAAUUUAAAGUUUGCUUUAACCAUAGAAAAAGACAAUGAAUACAUGAGAAAUAAAUUGAAAGAGGUUGAACAAAAAAUUAGAAAUAAAAAGCAUUCAGUUCCAUCAACAGUAGAAGAAGAAAAUUUAAUAAACCCAUUUUUUAGGACACAAUAUUAUAUAAAUAAAUUUAAUACAAAUGAUGAAAUAAAGAUUUUAGAUAAAUUAAGGGAAUUAAAAAAUAAUUUUUAA